ACAGGUUUAUUCUUUGAAUAUUGCGUUCUCAUCGCAGAAUAAUCUUUUCAAGCGCCUCAAUUGAGUUUACUAAAGAUUUCCUGUUCAAACGCCUUCACGUUAUUCAUUUAAAUAGACUCGAUCAUAUGAACAUAAACAAAAUAUUCGUAAAUGUCAACUCUGUGGUUUUUAAAUAUUUAAAUCACACGAAAGCUUAUGUAAACACAGGCGUGAGGACUCGUUUACUCCCGGCCCCUCAGUUAUUUUUUAUUUUCACACUUUUCUCGCGUCUAGAUAUGUUAUUUUGACAUUGCGGCCGCCUCCGGACGUUCGAUCGUAAUUGCCGAGGUGAUUAGAUGGAGAAUCCGGUGUAAUGAACGUUAUCAGUCAGAAAAUAGUCAACGCCGUUGUUUUUGAAUUCUCGGCACACGCGUGGACAGUUCACAGCUGUAGCGACGCUCUCGUGGACGGGCCGCGGGGUGAAGUGCGUGGAGUCUGCGCUGUUUCUCCGCAAGUGUCAAGUGGUACUGAGAAUUAUCAAACCGAGAUUUAUCGUGUUGGACGCACGUGAGGCGAUGGAUCCAGUGCUAUCGUGACAUGGGAGAGGAGUUUUGGGGGUUGCAAGAGUGCCAUGGACGUUUGACAGCAGCAGGCGAGUCCUCAGGGUCAUUUUUUACCGGAGUUUUUGGGUUAUUGAAGAGUCGGUGGAGUUUUAAUUGUUGGGGAGAUGACGAGAGUGAAAAUAAAUGGGCAACAGUUGCCCAUAAAGGCUCAUUAUUUCUUCUUCAUGGCAGCGAUGGGUCCUAUUCUGCCGUUCCUUCCUGUUUACGGGAAACAGCUUGGAGUGUCGUCAGUGGCUAUGGGGACGAUCACGGCUGUCCUGCCGUUUCUCUAUCUCCUGUCGAAACCGGUGUUUGGGUUCCUCGUGGAUUAUUUCCGCAACUGGAGGAAGAGCAUCUUCAUCGGCAUUCUGAUCGGGUGCUCUCUGUCCUUUGUGUUGUUGUAUUGUUUACCGAGAAUACCGGAGUUGCCUAAGGAUGCUGAGCACAAUGAAAAUUUCACGAGGGGACUUGUCUGUGGGAAUAUUGAACCCUGCGGAGAUCAGAAAAAUGACACAUGCUCCAAGAAUCAUAAAUCUCAAAUCAUUUGCUCACACGUGUGCAACACGACGAUUCAACGGUUCUACGUGACCAUGAAAUUGGCUGACCUUGAUGGAAAGCACUUGGCACCGCAGUGUGUGAUUGCUGAUGAGUCUGAUUCGAGGGAAAUUGAUCCCUCGAUCUGCACCCCUAGCCCAGAAUGCAGCAUCAAAUGUCCGAUCAGGCAUGAUGACAUGGAGAUUGAUAACUCUUGUCUUCUCAGGAGCUACAGCUUUUGGGUUUUUGUGCUUCUGUUUUCCCUUGGGAGCAUCGGGUUCAACGUCAGCAAUUCUAUCAGUGAUGCCAUAUGCUUCGAUGUUCUUGGGGAAGGUGGACACAUGGGAUACGGGAGGCAACGAGUCUGGGGGACAAUUGGCUUUGGAAUAGCAGCAUUGAUCUCUGGUGGAGCCAUUGACUUAGCAUCCAAGGGCCACAUUGUCAAGUCUUACACACCAGCUUUUUUACUGGUCGUCAUAUUCACGAUUCUGGAUGUUUUUUGCUGCAAGAAACUAGAGCUACCAAUAAUCACGAGCUCCAAAAACAUCGCCAAAGACGUCCUGAAGCUCCUGAAAACCCAAGUAAUCUCGAUAUUCCUCAUCUUCGCAACAAUAGCCGGAAUUCUUGACAGCUUCAUCAUCUACUUUUUAUUCUGGUACCUGGAAGAUCUUGCCAUCCAGACAAAUCACAUGGACCAGAUUAAAUUGAUCGAAGGGUUGAUCGUAGCAGCUGAGACACUCGGUGGUGAAGUGGUGUUCUUCUCCCUCUCUGGAAAAAUCCUGAAGAAAUUCGGCUACGGGCACAGCCUGACAUUUUGCUUCAUCUGCUACGGCCUCCGUUUGGGCCUAAUAUCCCUGGUGUCGAAUCCCUGGUGGGUAAUUCCCAUUGAACUUCUCAUGCAGGGGCCAACUUAUGCGCUUUGUUACACGAUUAUCGUGGGAUUUGCCAGUGUUGUUGCACCUCCGGGGACUUCGGCUACUGUUCAGGGGAUUGUCGCUGGGAUGGAUGAUGGACUUGGGUUCGCAGUGGGUAGUUUAUUAGGUGGAAUUUUGUACAAAAAAAUUGGAGGACCAGCGACACUGCAGGUAUUUGCCACGCUGGCUGGAAUAACUGCUGUGACUUACUUCAUCAUAUACUGGACGAUAUUGAAGGAGAAAAUGCCAAAGACGAGGAGACAAGACAGAAACAAUGAAGCGAGCAGUAGAGACGAGAUUGCAUGGAGCAGUCCUGAGGCUGCAGCCCUGAAAUGUCAAACCUUUGACGCUUAAUUAUUAUGAUCACAUUCUCACGAUGCCAUAUUUUGUUGAAUAUAUUAUCAACUGAUAUUUUUA